CAGUCAAGGAAGUUUGUGGGACAUAGCAACAGUAGGGUUUUACAAGCAUGGAUCUUACUCUCCAGUUUCUUCAAAAUCAGGCACUUUUCCCUUCUACAAAGCAUCCUUUUGGAAGGAAAUAAAACAGAUGCAUGAGAAGAGAAAGGAAGCCUUUGGUCUAGUGCACCGCAAGAAGGUGGAGGGUAGUGGAUGCAGCUUAUGUGCUCCGAGAAAGGCUCGACCCCUUGACCAUGAAGGACUUUGUUCUAUCAUUACUGAGUCGGGGGUGUGGCCAGAUGGUCCAGGUAGAAGAAGAUAGCUUUGGUGGAAGGAUUGAGGUCUGUCUGGAGCCUGAGGACUAUUUCAACUGGAAAUCCCAACAAGCCCUGCUUCGCUUGUCCCACAGUGGUCAUGUUUGGACAGGAGGCGAUCCCGCACCCCCUAAAACCUAUAGCACCAGGAGGGGGCCCCUCAUCUUAUACUCUGAGGACCUUGCACUGUCGCCUUUGCGACCUGAUGAUGCCAGCACUAAGGCACCAGAGUCUGGGCAUCCCCAGCAUGGAGCAGAGCGUCAGGUCCCUCCUCAGUGGCACCUUGCGGACCCUAUAGUGGCUUAUGGCAGAAAGCAGAUUCGGAGGUCCUACGUCUCAGGCGAUGUGCCCCCUCUCCUGUCCACCCUCCCCUCCAGGCUCGCUCUGCCCCGAUGCCGCACCAAGCACUCCCUGGCUCCUCUGAACCCUAUCUGCAAGCCCAAGGUCAUGACCUCUGACUCCGAACUCUCUCCAGGUCCCACCGAUAAUUGUGCCCCAGCACAUCCCCGCAAGGAGGCAGAAACAUUUUCCACCCCCAGUGCCUGCCCUACAUCAGGUCACCUCCCCCCUGUAUCAGAGGGAGGGGCCCCAUGCCUUGGGGAUAAAAAAUCCCUCCUGUCCUCCACAGAAAAUGAAGCAUUUCAAUUAUCCAGCCCGGAAAAUCAAAGAAAGGCUGAGAAUCUGAAGACAUUUAGCUUUAGGGUCAUCAUGGGGACUCCUGGGUCACGCAUGAGUCCAAUCCCAGAAACGCAGGAGAAUUUUGGCAGCACUGUGGAUGGAAAAGAGGCACAGAUGGCGCGUCGCGUGCUCGGCUGUCCUGGGCGCAUAGGAGCUGGUGGGAUAUGUAGCACAGCGGCACCCCCAGCUGUCAGGGAGGCAGCAUGUCCUCUGAGGACCGCCAGUGUGGACUACUCCUGGGAGUGCAGCCCCGUCUCACACAUCACCUACUAUGGAGGCCACAUGGGUGGUGCAAGGGCCCGGGGCAACUUGAGGCUGAGGAAGGCAGACCCCCCUGACAGAUGGGACGAGGCCGUCCCAGACCCUGCGUUCUCUAACAUACGCUUACCACCUGUGCCCGUGGGACCCUUGGUUGCAUCCGACCAAUUUAGGAACACAGAUGUGUUCGAGCCUGUAGCCAGACAGGAACCACGGACAUGUGACAUCAGCACUGCAGUUCCUGCUCAUGCCCACUUGGAAAGACAAGUUCACAGGAAGCUGCUUCUACCCGUGCUUAUCCCUGUGCACAGAGAGCGGCAGAACGUUCUGGAAUUCCACGGUGGUCUCUGGGGCGACAGUGUUGCAGAUAAGCAGAGGGACGAGCCCUCUAAGCAAACUGGACGGGACGAAUGCGACGUCUGCAAUACGAGCGGAGUAGGUCCAAGUGCUGCAAAGAUCGCUCCUAUGCUCCACUGCAACAGGCGCAACCCAGCCGGCUUCACUGCGGUGGAGCCAGCAGAAGAUGAAGGCCCCCCCCUGGGUGUCCUGCCCCCUCUGGCAGGCCGCAGGGGUCCUGGGAAACAGAGUUCCAUGGCCUUCCACAAACACAGCUCUAAUGAUGGUCAUGACCUCCUUGACCCCCACGACCCCGAGAAUGAAGUGGUGAGGGGGAGUCUUCCUGUAGCCCUGAAAGAGUGGGUCCACAGCGGUACCACAGGUGCCUGGGUCAUGGGUCCUGAUGGUGAAAUCAUACGUCUGUCCAUCUGGGACCCAGCCACCGACGUGCAGGAGCCCCAGUUGCUUGAUAACAUUAUUCGAGAGCAAGCCCUAAGUGCUCUGGCCUCAGAUGCGGUGCUGCAGGAGCCCUGGGCCAUAAUUCUACAGCCAGAUCCAGCUGAGGCAGGGUUUAUUGACACUACCCUCCGCUUCACAAGCCCUUCUCACCCAAGGAAUCGGAUGACUGACAGGGAAGAUGAUCUUGAUGUACAGCGGGAAGCUGUGAAGAGUCACGCUGUGGAAGCUGAUCGCGAGGUUGCUGUACAGGGAGCGGGAAAGGGGUUUGCCCACAAGAUCCAAGAACAACAGAGAGUCUGUGCCCAGGGUCAUUCCACUGGGGAACACGGUCGGAGUACCAUUCCAUCCCACAGUCUUCCUGUUGAGGAACAGGGGACCAGUUAUUUCUCUGGUCAACGGGAUCCAAGGAGCAUUGCUGCCAGUAAUCAUCUGCCUGAGGAACAGGGGCAGAGGACCGUAUCUUUAAAUGGCCAACAAUUUGAUGAACAGAAACACAAGACUGGUAUUGCUGAUGGUCACCCAUUUAAAGAGCAGGAGCAGAAAAUCAUUGCUGACACCACUGCAUACAUAAGAAACCAACUUUCAGGGCCAGACCGUUCUGCAAGCUUUAAUACAACCAUGCCUCUGUCAGUACUUCAAGUGGAGGAGGAGGAGGACCUCUCUGAAGAAGGCACACAGGGGCAUGUAGAACAAGGCAACUCCUUGGUUGUAUCACCAACAGAGAAGUUCCAUCAUAUCAGUCAUCCAGGAUUGAAGCCAACCAGCAGUAAUAAUUCCACAGUGGGCCUUCACAGCAGCAUGAGAACUUCCAGAACGACUGCAGGAGCCCUGAGAGCUGGGUGGACCGAAGAGCCCAAGCAAACAAACACAUCUGCAGAUGUAGACAAAGCAGAAAUCGGCGGGCAGCAAGAGGAAACAAAAUAUACAAAAAGGAAACAGGAGCUUAUGGAGGAAAGAUUACGUAAAAAAUCAGCUGCCCGGGUUCCCAUGGGUGACCAAACAUCAAAAAAAGCAAACCCAAAAGGACAGAGGCUUCAGAAAAGUUCUAGUUCAGAAGCAGGGAUGGUGGUGAACCAAAGGAAAAAGAAGAUGAAAAGCCAAGAGGAGUUUGUUGUUGGAAAGCCACGUGAGAGCAGCAUGAAGACUGACAAAGCUGAGAGAACCCUCCAUUUAAAGAAGAAACUUAAGGCCUCCACCCUGAAUAAAGUAGCCAAAGACAGAGACCUGGGGGCUGAAGAAUGGGCUGAGAGCAGAAUGACACUGGACAGUCUUUGUGACAGGGACUGCACAAGCGAUGAAGACGAGUGCCAACUGCAUGGUUCUGUAUCACACAGCUCUGUGGAAGGAGCCUCUUUAGGGACACCCAGCACAAGCAGGACUGACCACCAGGAGGACACAGCACCACACUGCCAAGGGGCAGCUUCUCAUGAUUACCUCCAGACAUCUGUCGAUACUAUGGUGACAGAAGACCAAGCACAGCUUCUUAGCAGGAAGGCUAGCAGUAGCAUGGAUGACACCAAUGGAAAACUUGCAUCCUGUGUGGAGCAGCAGAGGGCAGGACCGGUCGAGCGUGCCGAACGGCGCAGAAUGGAAGUGGAGAGGAAGAGAAAGGAGAAACAGGAGGAGAAGCAACGGCAGCAGGAACGAGAGGAGAGGGAGGAGCGCAUGAGGCUGGAGCUGGAGACUGAGCAACAGCAGCGAGCAGAGGCACUCAGACUUAAGCGGCUGAAAGAGCAGGAGGAGCGACAGAAGCUGGAAGAGGCACAGAGGGAGAGGGUGAGGAGAAAGCAGGCUGAGAAAGAAGUAGAAAAGAGGAGGCAGGAGGAGGAAAGGCGGCAGCUCCAACGCCUCCUGAGAAUCAGGCGAGAGGAGCAGGAACGCAGGGCAGCGGAGCUGGAGAGCCAGUGUGCAGCGGAAGAGGCACAGAGAGAGGAGGAGAGGAGGAAGCUGCAAGAUAUGGAGGAGAAUGAGCGGAGGGAGUACCUGCACAGACAACUGGAAGAAGAGGAGCAAAAGCAGAAGGCAGAGGAGAAGAGGAAGAGGAAGCAGGAAGAGGAAACGCAGCAGGCUAUAGAGCAGGCUAGACUGCAAGCAGAAAUAUUCGCCAGGCAGUGUGAAGCCCUCGAGAAGCAGAUGCAGUCCCGGCGGGCUUUGCUGCUGGAAUCCGAGGCACUGGGGCUCACUCAGGACAUCUCGCGGCCCUGGGUCUACUCAUACUUCACCUUGAUGGACGCUCUGGGCCUCACAGCACCGCCUACGGCCCCAGAGGAGCUGGCAAGGGACAGCACAGCACACUCCCCAAAAGCAGAAGAAUGAGAUGGAUGAAGCCCUAAACAAUCAGAGAUGCAAGGAAGAACAUGGGCUGCUCCAGCAUGGACUCCACACAGCACCCCUUGGGGUACAGCUUAAGCCGUUUACUCACUAAACCAUCUGCUGCACUAUUUAAAGUGAGCCAGGCGGAAUACUGUCAAAAUAAACAGGUUAAUAAAACAUACUGC